UGUGAUGCAUGUAACAUUCGUUGUGAAUUGAUUGAUACUGUUAAUAAACGAACGUAAAAAUAAGAUUAACACGCGAGUUUAAUGAUAUUGAAGAAAUUGUUUGACCAAUUGUUGCCUCUGUGCCCAGCACAUACCAUGAGUACAACACAAUGCAUUAAAAAGACUCAUAUGAGACUCAUAUGAGACAAUCAUCAUGCAUAUGAAAGCGUAUAGCGAGAAAAUGAAGAAUAAUCCCAGAGCGAAUGCCAAUAUUUUCAGCAUCUUGACAUUUUCUUGGAUUCUACCCAUUUUCUGGGUGGGUUAUCACCGAGAUCUUGAAGUAACUGAUUUGUACACACCGCUUAAAGAGCAUACAAGUGAUAUUCUUGGUGUUAAAAUAGCGAAAGCCUGGGAGAAGGAAUGGAAGGCAUAUCAGUAUCGGCUGGAGCAGAUGGCGACAUGCGAAUCACAGAAGAAAGUCAAGGAGCCCAGCCUGAUGAGAGUCCUCAUCAGGUGUUUCGGUUUUAAGACUCUAUUGUGCGGAACUUUCAUGGCCAUUAUAGAAACCUUGCUCAGAAUAGUGCAACCGUUAUUGUUGGGUCAGAUGCUGCUCUAUUUUAACACCACAGACAUCGACAAGUUCUACGCGUACAAAUGCGCCAUCGGCAUUAUUUUGUGCUCCGCUAUUAACGUGUUCGUAGUCCAUCCUUACAUGAUGGAUAUGACUCAUUUGGGUAUGAAGGUUCGCGUAGCCUGCUGUUCGCUGAUCUACCGCAAGACGUUGAAGCUGACUAGAACCGCGUUGGGCGAAACGACAAUCGGCCAGGCAGUCAAUCUGCUAUCUAACGACGUCAACAGAUUCGACGUCAGUAUCAUAUUUCUCCAUUAUUUGUGGCUCGGACCUUUGGAGACCAUUAUCGUCACAUACAUUAUAUUCCAUUUGAUUGACAUCGGAAUAUCAUCUAUUUUCGGUAUCGCAUUUCUUCUGAUAUUCAUCCCUUUUCAAGUGUGGCUAGGCAAGAAAUCAUCAGAGUUGAGAUUAAGAACUGCUAUCAGGACAGAUGAGAGGGUACGAUUAAUGAACGAGAUUAUUAGUGGAAUCCAAGCCAUCAAGAUGUAUACCUGGGAGAAUUUUUUUAGCUCUCUCAUAGAAAAAGCAAGAAAGAAAGAAAUUAAUAUCAUCCAAUGGGCGUCAUGUAUCAGAGGUAUCGUCAAAUCUUUCAUCGUCUUUAUGACAAGAAUAUCGUUAUUCAUUACGAUAUUAUCUUAUAUUCUGUUUGGCUACAAGAUAACGGCCGAGAAGGUGUACGUGAUAACUGCCUAUUAUAACAGUUUAAGCUUAAUCAUGACUGCCUACUUUCCGCAAGGAAUAACACAAGUAGCGGAAACGAUUGUCUCCAUAAAACGGCUGCAAAAGUUCCUCAUGUAUGACGAAUUGACUCUUUCCGAGAUUGAAGCAAAGAAAUACAAUAAGGAGAACAAUAAGGACACAAAAGAGAAUAACAAGAAGGAGGAUAAUCAAGAUGUGAAGGAGAAUAAUAUGAAAAAUAUGAAUUCGAAGGAAAAUUUAAUCGAGCAAAAGAAGAAUGAUAGCACAAUCGUAGAUCAGCUGAAGAAUAUCGAGUGUAGUAUCUCCAUCAAGAACGGAAAUGCUAAAUGGUUGGAUUAUGAACAAGAAGACACCUUAUUGAAUAUCAACAUGAAGGUGCGUCCUGGUGAAUUGAUCGCUAUUGUCGGGCAGGUCGGCGCGGGAAAGAGCAGUCUGUUGAACGUCAUUCUGAAAGAAUUGCGUUUGCAAGAAGGCUGUAUUCAAGUUAACGGCAGGAUUGCCUACGCUAAUCAAGAACCGUGGCUUUUCGCUGAUUCAGUGAGACAAAAUAUUCUAUUCGGAAGAACGAUGGAUCAGAUUCGAUACGAUCGCGUGACUAAAGUGUGUCAGUUAAAGAGAGAUUUCAGCCUGUUGCCUUACGGUGAUAAGACGAUUGUAGGAGAGAGAGGUGUCAGCCUUUCCGGUGGCCAGCGUGCAAGGAUAAACUUGGCGAGAGCCGUUUAUGCCGAUGCCGACAUAUAUCUCAUGGACGAUCCUUUAAGCGCCGUGGACGCUCAUGUGGGCAAGCAUAUAUUUGAAAAAUGCAUCAAUAAAUAUUUACGAGGCAAGACUCGAAUUCUUGUCACUCAUCAGUUACAAUAUCUACGCAAUGUCGGUAGAAUUAUCGUUCUAAAGGACGGAGCUAUCCAGGCUGAAGGCACUUACGCCGAGCUGGGCUUUAUGGGAGUGGAUUUUGGUCGACUGUUAAAAAAUCAAGUGGAGGCGAAUGAGAAAUCGUCUGUCUCCUCGCCUCCCAUUAGCCGUAAAAAUUCGCUCAUCGCCAGUAUCACGUCGCUGAGUUCCUUAAUGACGAAUACUUCGAAACAGGAUCCUGAGGAGGUGCCUGAGGUGCAAACGGUAGGCAAUGUUUCCGGCAAAAUAUUCACUGAUUAUCUUCGUGCUGGUGGUAACUGGUGCGUUAUAUUCAUAGUAGCCAUGCUUAGCAUAGCGACACAAUUAACGGCUAGCGGCAGCGAUUUCUUUCUUGCGAAUUGGGUUAAUAAAGAAAGGCACUAUAUGAAUCAAACGGAAGAAGUUGGCAUUGUGGAAGACGUUCUCUCAAGAAGUUCCCUUACUCGCAUAGAGUACAUCUAUAUCUAUAGUGGCCUAAUCGUGUUGACUAUCGGCAUUACUCUUAUCCGCUCAUGGGCUUUCUUCUGGAUGUGCUUGCGGGCCUCAAUGUGCUUGCACGAUCGUAUGUUUCGCAGCAUUAGUCGUGCCACUAUGCGAUUCUUCAAUACCAACACAUCGGGACGUGUACUCAAUCGCUUCUCCAAGGACAUGGGCGCGGUAGACGAGAUGCUGCCCAUCGCAUUUAUUGAUUCUGUCCAGAUCGGUAUGUCGCUGGUAACCGCCAUCAUCGUGAUCGCUAUCGCAAACGUGUGGUUGCUGAUACCUACGGUGAUUGUCAGCAUUGUCUUUUAUUACCUGAGAAUCUUUUAUCUGGCCACUAGUUAUAGCGUUAAGCGUCUCGAAAGCAUCACCCGUUCACCGAUCUUCGCUCAUCUGAGCACGACUCUUCGAGGACUACCGACGAUCCGUGCGUUUGGAAUGGAAGCGACUCUCACGAAGGAGUUCGAUAAUUAUCAGGAUAUUCAUUCGUCCGCGUGGUACAUCUUCAUCGCAUCUUCCCGCGCCUUUGCCUUCUGGGUGGACGCUUUUUGCAUGCUAUAUAUCACGCUGGUCACACUGAGCUUCCUUGUGAUGGACAAUGGCUUUAUGUAUGGCGGAUACGUAGGCCUAGCAAUCACGCAGAGUAUCAAUCUUACUGGCAGAUUGCACUGGUGCAUGCGCCAGAGCACUGAGUUGGAGAACCAGAUGGCCUCGGUGGAGCGUAUCCUUGAAUACAACAAAGUGGACAGCGAGCCUCCUCUCGAAAGUGUUCCCGAUAAAAAGCCCAAAUCCGAUUGGCCACAAGAAGGUAAGAUCAAGUUCAAAAACGUGUCCCUGCGCUAUGCGCCUUUAGAGCCGGCAGUGCUCAAGAACCUCAACUUCGUCAUCUUUCCACGGGAAAAAAUCGGCAUUGUCGGCAGAACCGGUGCCGGCAAGUCAUCCCUGAUUCAGGCGCUCUUCCGCCUGGCUGAAGUGGAUGGUCUGAUCGAGAUUGAUGAAGUCGACACAAGUCAGAUAGGCCUGCACGAUCUACGCUCCAAGAUCAGCAUUAUUCCGCAGGAACCAUUCUUAUUCUCCGGCAGUCUGAGACGGAACCUCGAUCCGUUCGAUUUGUAUCCAGACGAACUCUUGUGGCGAGCCCUUGAGGAGGUCGAGUUGAAGGAAAUAGGCUUGGAGGCCUAUAUCAAUGAAGGCGGCUCCAAUCUUAGUGUCGGCCAACGACAAUUGGUUUGCUUGGCGCGAGCCAUUGUGAAGAAUAAUCCGAUUCUUGUGCUAGAUGAGGCGACCGCGAAUGUGGAUCCACGAACGGACGAGCUCAUUCAGACGACGAUUAGGAGGAAGUUCGAGAAGUGUACGGUGCUGACGAUCGCUCAUCGACUCAACACUGUCAUGGAUAGCGAUCGCAUUCUAGUAAUGGACGCUGGUAACGCAGUGGAAUUCGAUCAUCCCUACGUGCUGCUGCAGAAGGAGUCGGGCUAUCUGAAGAGCAUGGUGCAGGAAACCGGCACGGCGAUGGCGGAGGCUCUGGCCGGCGUCGCCCGCAACUGCUAUCAGAAUCGCGUUUUGCUGCUCUGUUAACCUUUCGCAAUUGCAUGUGACAAACAUCAGUGAUAGGCCAUUCCGUCGAUUUUUUACGAGCAGUUCUUAGACAAAUUCUUGAAAUUUGAAAAAUAAGAGGAAAAGUACAAUGUAGAUGAAAUUCAGUCCGAGAAUAGAUUAAUCAUUUUGCU